CUUUGGUAGGAUGUUCGUCAAAUCCGAGACCUUGGAGUUGAAGGAGGAAGAGGACGUGUUGGUGCUGCUCGGUUCGGCCUCCCCCGCCUUGGCUGCCCUGACCCCGCUGUCAUCCAGCGCCGACGAAGAAGAGGAGGAGGAGCCGGGCGCGUCAGGCGGGGCGCGUCGGCAGCGCGGGGCUGAGGCCGGGCAGGGGGCGCGGGGCGGCGCGGCUGCGGGUGCGGAGGGCUGCCGGCCCGCACGGCUCCUGGGUCUGGUGCACGAUUGCAAACGGCGCCCCUCUCGGGCGCGGGCCAUCUCCCGAGGCGCCAAGACCGCCGAGACGGUGCAGCGCAUCAAGAAGACCCGUAGACUGAAGGCCAACAACCGCGAGCGAAACCGCAUGCACAACCUCAACGCGGCACUGGACGCGCUGCGCGAGGUGCUCCCCACGUUCCCCGAGGACGCCAAGCUCACCAAGAUCGAGACCCUGCGCUUCGCCCACAACUACAUCUGGGCGCUCACCGAGACCCUGCGCCUGGCGGAUCACUGCGGGGGCGGCGGCGGAGGCCUGCCGGGGGCGCUCUUCUCCGAGGCAGUGUUGCUGAGCCCGGGAGGCGCCAGCGCCACCCUGAGCAGCAGUGGAGACAGCCCCUCGCCCGCCUCCACGUGGAGUUGCACCAACAGCCCCGCGCCGUCCUCCGCGUCCUCCAACUCCACCUCCCCCUACAGCUGCACUUUAUCGCCCGCCAGCCCGGCCGGGUCAGACAUGGACUAUUGGCAGCCCCCACCUCCCGACAAGCACCGCUAUGCACCUCACCUCCCCAUAGCCAGGGAUUGUAUCUAGAGCUGCCGUUUCUGCUACCCACGUCAGGCCUUAGUGGGUUCCCUUUCCUGUCCCCAGUCAAGCCCUCCUCCCUUACCCUGCCCCCUCCCUUCUAUGCCCUGGAAACCUUCUCACUU